GCUGGUUGUGUGGUAAUGGAGGUAGAGUAGGUAGAAAGAAGGAGCCUGGGUCACUGAUUACCUGGCAGAGCACCUGUCACAUCUGAACAGUAACCUCUGGACUUCUCGUUAUAUGAGAAGAUAAAAUGAUAAAAAUUCUUACUUGUUUCAGUUUUCCAGGUAUUUUGUCACUCACAAACAAAAAUAUUCCUAACUGACCAAUGAGAUUGUUAUUUUGUGUUGAGAGAUUCUGGACAUUGAUUGUAAUUUUGUGCCUUAGAAAAAUGUCAUGAAGAUCUUCCUCCACUGCUGAUGUGCAGAGAAAGACAGGUACAACAAUUAAUCUUUAUAACUUAAUUUUGAAUUGGUCUUCUACCCUUUGUCUUUCUAUUUCCUCAACUCCUGUGGCUUUUACCUACAGUACUUGGCUGAAACAGUAUCCUGGUGUUUAAGCUCAAGACUCACACCAAAGGUCUAUAUUACUGUUACUCUGAACAAUUUGUGAUACUAUUGACCACUGUUCACUUUGUUUAUAUAAGACUAUAUCUUAGAAAUAUGUGUAGUUAUCACUGUUAACGUAAAUAACAUUAUUUCUUGAGUCUAACGCCCAAAUAGAUGUAAUGUGCUUCCUUUUGUAUAUUAUGUUGUUGUUAGCUGCUUUUGAGUUGGCUCUGACUUGUGGUUAUCCCAUGCACUAUGGAAUGAAACGGACAAUUGUGAUUCAUAGGAUUUUCAGAAGUAGAACACCAGGCCUUUCUUCAUAGUCUGUCUUAGUCUGAAAGCUCCGCUGAAACCUGCUCAGCAUCAUAGCAUCAUGCAAGCCUCCGCUGACAGACACAUGGUGGCCAUGUAUGAGGUGCACUGUCUUGGAAUCAAAGGUCCCCCACAUGAAAGGUCCCAGGUGUGGUGCAGGGAGAGAUAGCCCAGCCUAGGCAGCUGGGGACUGAGGACGACCGUCUUGCACAUCCAUGCAAUCACAGGACUCAGUGGCUGUUGAGGAUGUGGCUGUGGACUUUACCCAGGAAGAGUGGGCAUUGCUGGAUCUUUCUCAGAGGAAACUCUACAGAGAUGUAAUGAUGGAAACCUUCAGAAACCUGGCCUCAGUUUCUCGAAACCUUGAUGAUGGAGAAAAGCUGUCCACUGAAAAUAUAAUAGUACGAUUCAUGAAAAGUGACACCUGGCCCUCCAUGGUAGGAGGAAUCUGCAAAUUGCAUGGCAUCGAAGACCAGGAUAACAACCAGAAAACAUGUGUGAGAAGGCAUAUGGUAGAGAACCUCUGUGAAAAUAAUGAAGACAGUCCGUGUGGACAGACCUUCAGCCGGAUUCCAGAUCUUUCUGUGCUGAAAAGAACUCCUAUGGAAGCAUAUCCUUCUGAAUGCCUUGAGUGUGGAAAAUCUUUGAUGGAUCAUUCAUCACUUAAGCAUCAUAUCAGCUCUCACUCGGGAUGCAGUGCCUCUCAGCAUAAGGAAUGUGGAGAAGACUGCAGUUGUCCCUCUUACCUCAGCACUCCUAUGAGAACACUUACUGGAGAGAAACGCCAUGAAUGUAAGGAAUGUGGGAAAGCCUUUAGUCAGUCCUCACACCUCACUUCACAUAUAAGAAGUCACAGUGGAGAGAGGCCUUAUGAAUGUAAGGAAUGUGGGAAAGCCUUUGGUCAUUCCUCAAACCUCACUAUACAUAUGAGAACUCACAGUGGAGAGAGGCCUUAUGAAUGUAAGGAAUGUGGCAAAGCCUUUCAUAAGUCCUCAAACCUCACUAUACAUAUGAGAAUUCAUAGUGGAGAGAGGCCUUAUGUAUGUAACGAAUGUGGCAAAACUUUUAAUCGGUCAUCACACCUCACUACACAUAUAAGAAGUCACAGUGGAGAGAGGCCUUAUGAAUGUAAGGAAUGUGGUGGCACCUUUCAUCAUUCUUCAAGCUUCACUAGACAUAUGAGAUCUCACAGUGGAGAGAGGCCUUAUGAAUGUAAGGAAUGUGGCAAAACCUUUCGUCAUUCCUCACACCUCACUAGACAUAAGAGAACACACAGUGGAGAGAGACCUUAUGAAUGUAAUGAAUGUGGGAAAGCUUUUCGUCAGUCCUCAUACCUCACUACACAUAUAAGAACUCACAGUGGAGAGAAGCCUUAUGAAUGUAAGGAAUGUGGCAAAGCCUUUAGUUGGUCCUCAAACUUCACUAAACAUAUGAGUACUCACAGUGGAGAGAGACCUUAUGAAUGUAAGGAAUGUGGCAAAGCCUUUAGUCACUCCUCAGACCUCACUACACAUAUAAGAAGUCACAGUGGAGAGAGGCCUUAUGAAUGUAAAGAAUGUGGGAAAGCCUUUAGUUGGCCAUCACACCUCACUACACAUAUAAGAACUCACAGUGGAGAGAGGCCUUAUGAAUGUAAGGAAUGUGGCAAAGCCUUUAGUUGGUCCUCAAACUUCACUAAACAUAUGAGUACUCAUAGUCGAGAGAGACCUUACGAAUGUAAGGAAUGUGGGAAAGCGUUUCAUCAUUCCUCACACCUCACUAGGCAUAUGAGAACUCACAGUGGAGAGAGGCCUUAUGAAUGUAAGGAAUGUGGGAAAGCCUUUUGUCAGUCUUCAUACCUCACUACCCAUAUAAAAAGUCACAGUGGAGAGAGGCCUUAUGAAUGUAAGGAAUGUGGGAAAGGCUUUUGUCAUUCUUCAUUCCUCACUAGACAUAUUAGAAUUCACAGUGGAGAGAGGCCUUAUGAAUGCAAGGAAUGUGGCAAAGCCUUCCGUUGGUCCUCACAUUUCACUAAACAUAUGAGAACUCACAGUGGAGAGAGGCCUUAAGAAAGAAUUGUUUCAUUCAUAGUGCUGUAAUUUCAAACAGCAAAUUUUUGAAAGUCUCUGAUUAGAGAACAAACUUUCUCAGUGAGUAAGAAAGCAACAGAAACUCAAAGAAGGGAUCAUUAGAGCUACUUUGUGCCUUUGGGAGAAAUAAGUUUCAUGGUAAUAUGCAGUUGUCUUUAUUAGUGUUCAUUUCUCUAGUUUCAUGAACACCUGGGCAGAUGUUUACUUUCUUAGUCCACACUAAAUGUUGCCCUCUUACAAUCUUUGAGUAUUACAAAUGAGGCUGCAGUGAAUAGCCCUGAGCAUAUGUGGUUUCAUGUUUUUCUAAUGUUUUUAUUGAUGUUAAUUUGCAUGCAAUAAAAGGCACUGAUCUUAUA